AUAAACCCUGAUCUCAGUUUUGCAGGUAUUGUGCUCAUGAUUCUUCCAAAUUGGCGGCAAAAUCUGUAAGUUCGAUUGUAUAACUUUUCAAUUUCAUUCUGGAACUCGCCCGAAUCCUCCAAUUAGACCAUUUUCCGUCCCCAAUUCCACGCAUUCAAUGCUAUUCCGAAGGAUCUGCUGCUCCAUUUCCAAAUCCUAUCACAACCCAUUUUCCCUCUCCCCGAUACUGACAAACCCUUCUCGCAAUCCAACCUCUUAUUCAGUAUAUUCGCCCAAUUUGAAAACCCUAAGAUUAGCCUCGCGAAGAGCCAUUUCCGCAACUCCGAACAGUCUCGUUUCAGAAAGCUCCACGAAUUCGCAUAUGGAUGACUCCAAAAGACCUCCAGUGGGCCCCAUUCCGCACCCUGAUUCUGCGGGCCGGGCCGAAGUUUUCCGGGCUCUAGAAGCCUCUUUGGGGUCAUCAUUCAGCUCUGAACCCCUAAUCCCGGACCCUAACCCUCUGAUAAUCGUGAUUAGUGGUCCUAGUGGUGUAGGAAAGGAUGCUGUGAUUAAGAGGUUGAGGGAAGUUAGGGAGGAUUUGCAUUUUGUGGUCACGGCAACUAGCCGGCCGAAACGGGAGGGAGAAGUUGAUGGCAAAGAUUACUAUUUUAUGAGUAAAGAGGAGUUUUUGUCGAUGAUUGAGAAAAAUGAGCUGUUGGAGUAUGCAAUGGUGUAUGGGGAUUAUAAGGGUGUUCCGAAGCAGCAGAUUAGGGAUUACAUGGAGAAAGGGUGUGAUGUCGUGUUGAGGGUGGAUAUACAGGGCGCGGCUUAUUUGAGGAAGAUCUUGAGAGAUAAUGCUGUUUUCGUGUUUUUGGUGGCCGAGAGUGAGGAGGCGCUGGUGAAGAGGUUGAUAGGUAGGAAGACUGAGACGGUGGAGGCUUUGCUGAUGAGAGUUGCAUCGGCUAAGGAGGAGCUGAAGCAUGUGAAGGAUUUUGAUUAUGUGGUUGUCAAUAAGGAGGGUGAGCUGGAGGGUUCGGUUAAGUUGAUGGAAUCCAUCAUUGAUGCGGAGAAGGCGAAGGUGCAGCAGCGUAGAGCAGUGGUUUAGAUAUGGAAUUUUGGCGAUUAGGUAAUCAAGGUUGUGUCUUUUGAUGGAUCUUCCAGUUCUGAUCAAGUGAAGGCCAAUGUUGCAGUUCUCAUCAUGGAAAAGCACGGUUUCGAAAGGGGACUUAUUCGAGCAUAGGAAAAGGUGAUAUAUCACUACCAAGCUCAUCAUAACAUGGACUGUGAGCUUUCUGAUGCCAUAGAUUACAAGUUCUUCAAGACUAGAGUAGUUAUUGAUCUCUUCUUCCUUGAGUAUGGUUGAAAUUGUGCUACAUGAGUAAUUUUUCAACUGUGCUACAUGAAUAUAUUUAAUUUGUUAGAAUAGCUUCAUACUGCAACAGUUACUUUGUUAUGAAAGUUUAUAUGUUUGAGUUGGCUGGUGCUGACAAGGAAAGUGGAUAGAUUCUUGAAUUGAUUUUGUUUAUCCAAUAUUGUAACUUGAAUUUAUAUUCAGGAAUCUGAAUUUUGAAUCACA